GGGGAGCGGGGCCGCGACGGCCGCGCCGCCCCUUCUUCCCCUUUCCUCCCUUUCCCCCCCCUUUUCCCACUUCCAUUUCCCCCCGCGCCGCAUGCGGGCAGAGCGCGCGCGGUCACGCACACACACACGCGCACACACGCACAGCCGCGCUCGGCGGGGCGGGAGAGAUCGCGCUCCCUCGGAGGAGGUGGCGGCGGCGGCGGCACCGGCACCGCUGAGGAGGGGACCCCGGCGGCGGGGGGGGGACUCCGCCUCUCCCCUGGGCAGCUCCGCGGGCCGCGCCAUGGUGGCGGCGGAAACUUCCCCUUGAGGGGACGGGCCGGGAGAGGAGCGGAAAGUGGGGAAAGCCCGAGAACUUCCCGUCCGUCCGUCCGCCCCGCCGGGCUUCGCCGUGUCCCUGCUGAGAGAUGUCUGAGGCUCCUGCUCAGUGUUGCAUCAAGCAGGAAAGAAUUUCGUACACACCUCCAGUGAGCCCGGUACCAAAUUACACUUCCUCGACACCACUACAUGUCCCAGUGCCUCGAGCGAUCAGGAUGGAGGAAGACACUAUCAGACUGCCUGCACACCUGCGUUUGCAGCCCGUUUACUGGAGCAGGGAUGAUGUGGCACAGUGGCUCAGGUGGGCAGAGAAGGAGUUUUCCUUGAGGCCGAUUGAGAGCAGCACUUUUGAGAUGAAUGGCAAGGCUCUGCUGCUCCUGACCAAAGAGGACUUUCGAUACCGGUCUCCUCAUUCAGGUGAUGUUUUGUAUGAACUCCUGCAGCAUAUUCUGAAGCAAAGGAAAGCUCGUAUGCUCUUCACACCUUUCUUCCACCCUGGGAACUCUAUCCAUGCUCAGCCAGAGGUCAUAUUACACCAGAAUCAUGAUGAAGAUAGCUUUGUCCAGAGACCCUCAAGACCAUCCACAGAAACAGUCCACCACAACCCCCCAACCAUUGAACUGUUGCAUCGUUCUAGAUCACCCAUCACCAACAACCACCGUCCAUCACCAGAUCCCGAUCAGCGGCCACUGAAGUCCCCUAUGGACAACACUAUCCGUCGCCUUUCCCCAGCUGACAGGGUGCCGGGGACAAGGCAUCAGCACGAGAACAACCAGCAGGAGCCCUAUCCUCUGUCAGUGUCCCCGAUAGAAAACAACCACUGCCCGCCUCAUUCCGAGGUGCUCCAGAAGCCCUCCAGCCCUCGCCAGGAGAACACCAGGGUCAUCCAGCUGAUGCCCAGCCCUAUUAUGCAUCCUUUGAUACUGAACCCCAGGCACUCCGAUUUCAAACCACCAAGGUUGUCUGAGGAUGGGCUGCACAGGGAGGUAAAGCCAAUCAACCUGUCCCACCGAGAAGAGUUAGCUUAUAUGAACCACAUCAUGGUGUCUGUAUCCCCUCCUGAGGACCAUGCAAUGCCAAUUGGAAGAAUAGCAGACUGUAGGUUGCUUUGGGAUUAUGUUUAUCAGCUGCUUUCUGACAGCCGGUACGAAAAUUUCAUCCGAUGGGAAGAUAAGGAAUCCAAAAUAUUUCGGAUAGUGGAUCCCAACGGGCUGGCCCGGCUGUGGGGAAACCACAAGAACAGAACAAAUAUGACUUACGAGAAAAUGUCCAGAGCCCUACGCCACUACUACAAACUAAAUAUUAUCCGGAAGGAGCCAGGACAAAGGCUUUUGUUCAGGUUCAUGAAGACCCCAGACGAGAUUAUGAGUGGCCGAACAGACCGCCUUGAGCACCUUGAAUCCCAGGAACUGGAUGAACAAAUAUACCAAGAAGACGAGUGCUGAAGGGAACUGGUGCACCGCCUCUGUAGGUCCAUGGGAGAAACAUCUGCCCGGAUGGCUGGCACAGUUUGGGAGGCGAAGCAACAACACAGAAGCAGUACUCGGGGUCGCCGCUUAGCUUGAAGAUCAUGCAGGACCUGAAGCACCUUAACAAAACAAACUAACAGGCAGAAGUGGUGCUGGCAGAAAAGUAAAGGGGAGAAAGCCUGGACUUACGCACUACUUCACUGUUCCUACAACGUCUCCCUUGAGUUCUUUCUUUCUUUUUGGUUUGUUUCAGUUUUGGGGGUUUUUUUGUUGGUUUUUUUUUUCCCUAAUAAACAUGCAGUAUGACUUUCCUUAUCUCACAUAGGACAAGACAUCAGAUUAUGCAUUUUGUGUUUGGAAGGCUUUCCUAUGGAAAUAGAGUGCUCUUAUUUUCUGUGCAAGUCUCAUGACGUAUCACCGCAUAAAACAAUAGCAACACAAGAAGGGAUUUGCUCAAGGGUUCCAGUUUGCUUGGAUCAAUUUACAUGUGCUGCCACUGGGAAAUGUGUUGAAGCUACCAAAAGAAUUUACACACAUACCUGUCCAAUGAAGAGGAGUCACCCUUCAUAUGUGUAGGCUGGGAUAUCAUCCCAGCAUAGCUUGGGCUCAUGAGCCCUGCGAGUGGCUAUUAACUGCUGGAAUAUGGACCAAAACCAAUCACCUAAGUGCUCCAGGGAGGAGAGAAAUAAAUGUGACAAACCUC